AAAACUGUCAAACGUCAAAAUCUUUUCAAAUAAAAACAUUUUUCUGUUUUGAAUUUUGGAACAAUUUAUUUGUUUUUGCAUCGCAAGACAACUUUCCUUUAAAGUCAUGAGCACAGACCAAACGGCAAAUACACCGACAGACGGUGGAUUCAUCGCAUUUUCUAACGAUAACCCACCGUCAAAUUGGCGCAAAACACCAUUCAAAUCAACACAAAAUAAUUCUCCCCACCAAAACCGUCACGACCAAUUCAGUCCGUUUCACGGCAGCCCGCAGGGAUUCAGCAGUCCGAUCUAUCAUCAACGAAAUUUCAAUGGAAAUCGCCGGCAAAGUGGAAAUUCGUAUGGAGAUCGGUUUAGAGGAAAUCAGAGUCAUAGCAGAGGGAAUAAUUGGAGAAAUCGCAAUGACAACAGACGGCCCAACAACAAUCGAAGCUUCAACAGAAAUGAAUCGGUUGACAUAUCGGAGUACUUCCAUCCGUCGAUGAUACAAGAUCCUUGGAGACAUCUGCUACCAAAACCGUUCGAAACGAGCACAGUGAUUGACAAAAAUUGUGAAGACACUGGUUCCGAGACAAAGGAAGAAGAUGAACCGGGUGGUGGUAGUAGCAGUAGUAGUCCAUCUACGUAAAAUACUUAUACUGAAAAUAUCGGUAAAAUGUACAAACGUGAGGCUGUAAUGAAAUAAAUAA